AUGCUCUACCUGCCGGGCAGAGAUGACUGCAGGGCCGAGGAGGCCGUCGAGAAGAGUAAACACGUCGGCACGUGGCUCUGGGAACAGCCCAGCACGCCUAACAGGGCGCCCGCCGCGGCCCCCACCCCGACUCGUGCCUCACAGGCGACAGCCCCAGCCCAGGCAGAGUGUGCUGGCCAGGCUAGCGGGCAGCGGCUCGUCGGCAAGUCUGGAUCGGGAGCAGGCCAGCCGGUGGCUCUGAGCCUGCAGCAGCUGCUCUCUGCUGGCAUCCACACUGCCCUCUGUGCUCCCUGCUGCCAGCCCCCCUUUGACAUCCCACCUGCUGGAACCCCUGUUCCUCAUAGACCACCCAGUCUCAGGACACCAUCACCUGGUGGGGAGGUGGGACAGUUGGUGGGGGAGGCCGGGGAACGAGGUCUUCCCGGAGUCCCCGGGAAGGCAGGACCACUGGGACCCAAAGGAGACUGCGGGGAGAAGGGGACACGUGGAGAGAAAGGAGACGGGCAGCUGCAGUCAUGUACCACAGGCCCUCGGUCCUGCAAGGAAUUGGUCACCCGGGGCCACUUCCUGACCGGCUGACACACCAUCUACCUGCCCGACUGCCGGCCCCUGCCUGUGCUGUGUGACUUGGACACAGAUGGCGGGGGGUGGACGGUUUUCCAGCGGAGGGUGGACGGCUCUGUGGACUUCUAUCGGGACUGGGCCGCUUACAAGAAGGGCUUCGGCAGCCAGCUGGGCGAGUUCUGGCUGGGCAAUGACUACAUCCACGCGCUGACCGCCCAGGGGACCAGCGAGCUCUGGGUAGACCUUGUGGAUUUCGAGGGCCAACGCUCCUUUGCCAAGUACAGCUCCUUCCGGGUGGCGGGCGAGGCGGAGAAGUACAGGCUGGUCCUGGGCGACUUCGUGGGGGGCAGUGCGGAUGAGUGGGAUUCUCUGACGAGCCACAACAACCAGCUCUUCUCCACCAGAGACCAGGACAACGAUGGGAGUGCGUCUAGCUGUGCGGUGUAGUACCAGGCAGCCUGGUGGUACGCCGACUGCCAUUGGUCCAACCUGAACGGCCUGUACCUCGGCGGGGGUGGGGGGGCCCACGAGAGCUACGCCAACGGCAUCAACUGGAGGACAGGGAAGGGCUACCGCUACAGCUACAAGGUGGCGGAGAUGAAGGUGCGGCACGCCUAG